CAGUGUAUUAUGCAGCGAUCAUUUCGAAAGAUCGUGUUUCGAAGAGGGUCCCUUGCGAAGGGCAGAGAUGGGCAUCGCCACCACCUGUCGACUGGUGCUGGGGCCGACCUUCAGGUUGUACAGAGGAGGAGGAAGAACUUUGUCAAAGCAAAGAGGAGAACGGACAACAUCGUUUUUUGCCACAGAACAGCGCCGCCAACAAUGGAGGAGGACGUUGACGAGACCACGCCGGGCUGCAAGGCGGAGCAGGAGAAGCCGCGGCCCCCCCGCUUUAAAGAUAAAGAGCAGGACCACAGCAUCAGUCGGGAGGACCCGGAAGGACUGGAGGACGAGCCGGUGAUCCGGGUCGUCUUGAAGUGUGAGGAGGACGAGGUCGAAGGUGAAAGUGGGGAGAAGAGAGAGGCAGACCCUCCGAGCAGCAGCUGGACGCCAGAAGCCGAUGUAGACCACUUUUGGUCAGCUCCAGGACCAGGUAGUGACCACACCACCACACACUCCACUCCUCAAAUGACCACAGAAGCCGAUGUAGACCACUUAGGGUCAGCUCCAGGACCAGGUAGUGACCACACCACUGCACACUCCACUCCUCACAUGACCACAAAAUCUAAUGUAGACCUCAUGGGGUCAGCUCCAGGACCAGGUAGAGACCACACCACUGCACACUCCACUCCUCACAUGACCACAAAAUCUAAUGUAGACCUCAUGGGGUCAGCUCCAGGACCAGGUAGAGACCACACCACUGCACACUCCACUCCUCACAUGACCACAGAAUCCGAUGUAGACCACUUGGGGUCAGCUCCAGGACCAGGUAGAGACCACACCACUGCACACUCCACUCCUCACAUGACAACAGAAUCUAAUGUAGACCUCAUGGGGUCAGCUCCAGGACCAGGUAGAGACCACACCACCGCACACUCCACUCCCCACAUGACCACAAAAUCUAAUGUAGACCACUUGGGGUCAGCUCCAGGACCAGGUAGAGACCACACCACUGCACACUCCACUCCUCACAUGACCACAGAAUCCGAUGUAGACCAUUUGGGGUCAGCUCCAGGACCAGGUAGAGACCACACCACCGCACACUCCACUCCCCACAUGACCACAAAAUCUAAUGUAGACCACUUGGGGUCAGCUCCAGGACCAGGUAGAGACCACACUACUGCACACUCCACUCCUCACAUGACCACAAAAUCUAAUUUAGACCUCAUGGGGUCAGCUCCAGGACCAGGUAGAGACCACACCACCGCACACUCCAUUCCUCACAUGACCACAAAAUCUAAUGUAGACCACAUGGGGUCAGCUCAAGGACCAGGUAGUGACCACACCACUGCACACUCCACUCCUCACAUGACCACAGAAUCCGAUGUAGACCACUUGGGGUCAGCUCCAGGACCAGGUAGAGACCACACCACUGCACACUCCACUCCUCACAUGACCACAGAAUCCGAUGUAGACCACUUGGGGUCAGCUCCAGGACCAGGUAGAGACCACACCACUGCACACUCCACUCCUCACAUGACCACAGAAUCUAAUGUAGACCUCAUGGGGUCAGCUCCAGGACCAGGUAGAGACCACACCACCGCACACUCCAGUCCUCACAUGACCACAGCACCCGAUGUAGACCACAUGGGGUCAGUUCCAGGAUCAGGUAGAGACCACACCACCGCACACUCCACUCCUCACAUGACCACAGAGGCCGAUGUAGACCACAUGGGGUCAGUUCCAGGAUCAGGUAGAGACCACACCACCGCACACUCCAAUCGUCACCUGGACAACACCCGAGUGAUGUGCUCCGAAUGCGAGCGAGAUUUUUACGACAAGAAAACUCUGACAGUGCACAUGCGCACGCACACCGGAGAGAAACCGUUCAUCUGCGCUGUGUGCGGCAAGACAUUCGCCCAGAGGGGGAAUCUGAUCAAACACACCAGGACGCACACGGACGAGAAACCCUUUUCCUGCCCGUUCUGCACCACCAGUUACAGCGACCGCUCGACUUUGGUCAAACACAUCAGGCGACACACCGGGGAGAAACCGUUCGGCUGUUCCCACUGCCCGGAAAAGUUCUCCCGCAAGUCAAACUUGAUCACGAACACGAGGACGCACACCGGAGAAAAACCCUUUCGCUGCGCGUUCUGCAGCGCCGCCUUCGGCGACCGCUCCACGUUGAACAAGCACGCUAGGACGCACACGGGAGAGAAACCUUUCGGCUGCUCGGUGUGCGGGCAGAGGUUCUCGCAGAGGGAGCACCUGAGAAGACAUGCUAGGACGCACACCGGGGAGAAACCCUUCUCCUGCGCCGUUUGCAGCAAAAGCUUUAGCGACCGCUCGACGUUUGUCCGGCACAUGGGGAGACACCCUGGACAGGUGCUCUCAGGCGCCAACGUGGACCCAGGGCACUGAAGCCACCCGCACAGAGACUAGGGUUUUACUGGCUGACACCAGACUGGGGACUAGGAAGGACUUGGCAACGUUUUCAUGGCCGAGGAUCCUCAAACUAAGAAAAACGUGGACCUCACUUUUGUACCUUGUAAGAAAUUGUCUUUCUAAUUAAACCGUUAAUGUACCUUCUUGUCGUGCAGUAUUAGCACGUUGUAGCAGUGCGCCGCUAAUUGCUAGCUGACAGCCAGCACUCUAAUCGCAAGUUGACAACUAGCAUGCUAAUUGCUAGAGAAAAAUGAGCAUGCGAAUUACCAGUUGAGAACUAGCAUUCUAAUUAUGUUUUCAAUCCCAAAGAAACUGCUUUUUAUUUUAUUUUACACCUAAUGACCAAUAAUGUCAAAACACUACAUUACCUACAAUUCUGAGACUGAGCUGCCUCUUUUUUUAUUAUUUUAAUUUUUUUUUACACCGAAUGACCAAUUAUGUGAAAACACUACAUUACCCACAAUUCUGAGACUGAGCUGCCCAUUUUUUUUUUUUACACCGAAUGACCAAAAAUGUGAAAGCACUACAUUCACCACAAUUCCGAGAAUGAACUGCCCAUUUUAUAAUUUUUUUUAUACCUAAUGACCAAAAAUGUGAAAGCACUACAUUACCCACAAUUCCGAGAGUGAACUGCCCAUUUUAUAAUUUUUUUUAUACCUAAUGACCAAAAAUGUGAAAGCACUACAUUACCCACAAUUCCAAGACUAAGCUCCUCAUUUUUCUUCUUUACAUCGAAUGACCAAAAAUGUGAAAACACUACAUUACCCACAAUUCCGAGACUGAGCUGCCCUUUUUUUUUUUCUUUACACCGAAUGACCAAAAAUGUGAAAAUACUACAUUACCCACAAUUCCGAGACUGAGCUGCCCAUUUUUUUUUUCUUUACACCGAAUGACCAAAAAUGUGAAAACACUACAUUACCCACAAUUCCGGGACUGAGCUGCCCAUUUUUUAUUUUUUAAUUUUUUUUAU